UCCAUUUUGAACUUGAACCCCCAGGCAUCGUCCCGUCUGACCACCGAGAGCGCGCGCGGUCGGGAGCGCGCGCGGAGUCAUGCAUGAGCGCUGCAGUUUUCUUUGAAGUUCAGGGGGAAAGAUGGCGAUGUGCGCGACGCUCACGCGCUUUUCCUGCAACUUAUCAGUGGUUUUGCCCACUCUGUCUAGAACCGUAGGGUACCAGAUACUAACAAGGACGAACAGAUCUACUUCGCGGACUUUCUGCACGACGUCCUGGCUUUCACAAGCUCUCAGAUUUACAGACAAACACGAGUGGGUACGAGCAGACGGACACAUCGGGACAGUCGGCAUCAGCGCUUACGCCCAGGAAGCAUUAGGUGAUGUCGUGUACUGCGGACUGCCGGAGGUCGGAACGAAGCUCCAACCAAUGGAGGAAUUUGGCGUGUUAGAGAGCGUGAAGGCCGCUAGCGAGCUGUACUCGCCUCUGACUGGAGAAGUCACUGAAAUCAACACAGAACUGACGGAGAACCCCGGACUCAUCAACUCGUCCUGCUACGAGCGUGGAUGGUUGAUUAAGAUGAUGAUAGAAAACCCCGGAGAGCUGGAAGCCCUUAUGGAUGAAGCUGCAUAUGAAAAAUACGUCAAGUCCCUGGAGUAGUUCCGUUGAUUUACACGUUAAAUCUGCUUUCUCUUUCUCUUUCUGUAUCAAAUAUAAACUGAUUCUAGUGCUUAAAAACCCACUGCAAAUUCUUAUGAUGCCAGAGAUCGGACUUCGUUACUUGUGUGAGUGUAAUGAGGAUUUAAAACACAUCUGUAGGUUUGAAGAGCUACAGGACCUGCACUCCAGUUUUAGGUACUUUCGAAUAAAUUUGGAACAUUGGCGCUUUAGUCUUGGUAACGGUAUAAAACUGCAAGUUUCAUGUCCCGAGAAUGAUUUCUUAAAUAAUUGACUUUCACGGAAGGACUCCAGUCAGGACACCUUAAAGCUUAAUGUGUAACUCGGUGCUUUUAUAUUUAGAUAAGUGGGAUUAUUGUCUGGAUAAUAGACAUGUAGAGGUGUCGAGUUUCUAGCUCACCGUUUUAACACAUUAAGCUAAUUUCAGAUGUUUGAGAGAGCUGAAAACGGAUAACCGUGUUAUUUUCCUGUUUCGGUAUUUAUUCACAGACUAAGUCUGUGAGAGAUUUGGUGUCGCUUUUUUGGUGGUCGUUUUGGUAAACUAAGCCACGUUAAGACUUAUUUCCACGUUACAGAACGUCCCCAUCACCAACACGUGAACAAGCUGCGAAUCUGAAAGUAAAACACACCCGUACACGUGACAUUUUUGUUCCCACGGGAUCUCAGGAUUACUCCUUUGGUCACUAGGCGUUCAGAGAACUGAGGAUAAAGUGCACUGACGGGAAUCGUCCGAGUUCGUUACGACAGUCGGUUACGGGAGAGAUCAGAGCGUGUGCGAUGUUGGUCAAUAAUAAUUACGAUAAUAAGUGAUGCAUAUUAAAUUCAUCUUUCAAUUGGUGCUUGAUGCAAUGUGGGUUUUUUCCCCGCCUGGCAUGUUUAAUAGCAGCUUGCAAAGAUUCGUUUUUGUCCUGUUCUGUAGCAAGAGACACCAGUCACUUAUCUGACGUUAAACCAGGACAGGAAACACACAACGUAAACACCUUGAUCUUUGAGCUUAGAUUAAGAUACUGAUAGGUUGCGGUGUGGGGAUUAUUAAUGAUUAAUGAACUGCUGAUCAUAGUCUCUGUGGCACGUGAAGAGCAUCUCUGAGCAUUUUCUAAUGAGUCAGGCAUUUGAGCUGAAAUUUCAUGUCGAGCAAUUAACACCAGUGGAUAUAUAUAUAUAUAUAUAUAUAUAUAUAUAUAUAUAUAUAUAUAUAUAUAUAUAUAUAUAUAUAUAUAUAUAUAUAUAUAUAUACGUAGUCAUGGGGUAGAAAAUCAAGUACAGAGCUUCGGCUUAUACUUGAAUGAAAGUUUAAAAAAAAGAGUCCUCACUUAAAUGUACUCAAAGUAUUUUACAAAUAAAUUAAAAGUGCCUUUUUAAAACAUGGUUUCAAUUGCAAAUUAGCAACUUGACUGUCUCCAUGACGAUUAUCUCCAGAACACAUUACAAAACAAUCCUGAAGCGAUCAGCCUGUGACUGGAGGCUUGCACGGCUCGGUGUGGAUCGUCUACUCCGUCAUCUCUGGGUGUUUCUCGGUCUUUGUCUAUGUAUUUUCCAUCUUAAUGUAUGUUGUGGUGUGAGAUGUUUCCGUUUUUCAGUAAAAGGUUGCAGGUUAUCCGUGGGUCUGUAAGCUCCAAAAGAUUAAAUCAUGUUUUCUGUGAUUUAGUCCAUAUGGUGUGCUUUUCUGUCAUUAAUAUUAGGUUAAUAAUAAAUGUUAAAUAAAACAUGAACUCUGCACUACCUUUAUUAUCCUUAGGCCAUGCGUUAUUCAUGUGAACUUGAACUGCUUCCUCUGUAGAGACUUGCAUUUGUGGUUUGUGGUUUGCGUGUUUAUCAGGAUGAACCAAUACUCCUAACACGAACCCAAAUGUUAAAGGGUUUGCCAAGGCAAAUGACUAGUCUAUAAACACCUGUAACCUUGCCAACAUUUCAGAAUACAGUUUCAUAUUUCGAAUUCACAUUAAUAAAAUAAAAUAAAAACCUCA